AUGUCGACAAGAACCCAAUCACCCACAGGCUUCCCCGAUCCCACUUCCAUCAACCUCAACCGGCUGUUGUCGAGGCUGGACCGAAUAGUGCUAGCAGAGCCCACGCCACAGCUGCGCAAGUCGAGUUACGAGCGGGCACGCGUCAGUGCUAACAUUGAGCAUGCGCGCACACUCCUCCUCAGUCUCGAACAUUCCGCGUCCACCAUCCCCUCCAAAUCCAAAAAGCAUGCGCUGCAAGCAGACCUGCAGCAGAAGCGAGAGCUCAUCAAGCAGCUCAACCAGCGGAUAUACGAGCUCAACCAGCUCGACGACACAGAGUCGGAAGCCUCGAUCGACUCAGACGAAGAAGACGCAGACCAAUUCCCGUCGUACGCCCCACGACUGCACGCAGAUGCGGGGAGAGACGUGACCACAUCAAGCGAAGGCAAUGAAGCGCUCCUGAACGCUGCAGAGAACUUCACCUCGUCCAUCCGGCGGAGAGGCAAGGCGGACGAGGCGCAAGGAGCGCAAGGAGCGCAAGGAGCGCAGACAGCCAGCGGAAACUCCCUGUUCGGAUCAAAGGCCGCGGCUACAACUGGCGACCCGAAUCUACCCAAAACAGAAGCGCUUCUCUCACACAAUCGCAACGAGCAGGAGACGCUGACUUCGAGCCUUCUCGAGAUGGCCAAACAGCUCAAGCAGCAGUCGGUGCACUUUGGCCAGACGCUGGAAGGCGACAAGGGCGUACUAGACCGCGCCAUAUCAGGGCUGGACAAGAACCAGCUAGGCAUGGAUGCCGCGAGCCGAAGGAUGGGCACCUUGAGGAAGAUGACCGAGGGCAAAGGCUGGUUUGCCAGACUGAAGCUAUACGGCCUCAUCUUCGGCCUGUGGCUCCUCGCAUUUGUAAUCGUCUUUGUUGGGCCCAAGAUUAGCCAUGUAUCGAAUGUGCCAUACGCACUCAUGUCCAUAGAUGGGUACAUGGCAGCGCCGGCAGGCCAGCGAUCUGGACCCUGCGCCAUCUCGGAUGCUUGCAUUAGCGCCGAUGGUCUCUUGUGGAGCUACAGCUUGACAGCGACAACACAUCACAAAGCAUCACUUCCCACUCAAUCGCAUCUCCAACUCCCAUUGUUUCUGCUGUCGCAUCGCCAUGGCCGCCAUGGAGAUGUUUUCGUUGGGCUCGCGCUAGAAGCCGAAUAUGAUCGUCUGCGUGACCUCGCUCGCCAAGAGGCCGGCAAGCGCAGCUCCUGCUUCGACCGCGCCCACCAGGCCUACGAGUCCGGCGACGGCGCGCGCGCCCACGAACUCAGCGAAGAAGGCAAGCAACAUGCCGCCAAAAUGGAACAAUACAACCGCCAAGCGCGAGACUAUAUUUUCCGCGCCAAUAACGAGUCUGGACGCGUCGCGGGCGAUACCAUUGACUUGCACGGCCUGUUUGUCGAAGAAGCCGAAGACGUCCUAGAAGAGCGCAUCAAGGCAGGCAGGCAGCGCGGAGAGACCCAUCUGCAUGUUAUUGUUGGCAAAGGCAAUCAUUCUCCAGGCCACAUUCAAAAGAUCAAGCCCCGAGUAGAGCAAGUCUGCCGAGAGCUAGGUCUACAAUACAAAACAGAAGCCAAUGAGGGACGCAUCUACGUGAACCUUCAAGGUGGAAGCGUCGAUCACAUGCCACCCGCACCCCAAGCGCCCAACUAUGGUGGCUAUCCUGGCGGUCAUGGUGGUCAGCAACACGGUGGACAGCAACAUGGCGGUCAACAGCACCACGGUGGGCAGCAGCAUGGCGGACAACACCAACAGCAGAACCAGAACCAGAACGGCAACGACGAGAUCGAACAGAUGGUCAAGAAGGGCUUGCCCAAGUUGCUCAAGAAGUUGGGAUGUUGUACGGUUAUGUGA